UCGGGGCCACCGGGCUGCGCCUGAGGUAAAGGCCGAGGCCUGGGGGCGGGCAUGAGACGCACUCCCGGUGGAGGCAGAACAGCCGCGCUGAGCCAUGGCCAGUACAGUGGUAGCAGUUGGGCUGACGAUUGCUGCUGCAGGAUUUGCAGGCCGUUAUGUUUUACAAGCCAUGAAACAUAUGGAGCCUCAAGUAAAACAAGUUUUUCAAAGCCUACCAAAAUCUGCCUUCAGCAGUGGCUAUUACAGAGGUGGAUUUGAACCCAAAAUGACAAAACGGGAAGCAGCAUUAAUACUAGGUGUAAGCCCUACUGCCAAUAAAGGAAAGAUAAGAGAUGCUCAUCGACGAAUUAUGCUCUUAAACCACCCAGACAAAGGAGGAUCUCCUUACAUAGCAGCCAAAAUCAAUGAAGCUAAAGAUUUACUAGAAGGUCAAGCUAAAAAAUGAAGUAAAUUUAUGAUGUUUUAAGUUCAUAUUAAUUUUUGAGUACCAACUUUUAAUAAUAAAUGCCUCAAAUGUAAAGUUUUAAAAAAUGAUUUAGCACAAUCAAGCUAAAUCAAACCUUUGGUAUAUUUUAUUUAACUUGAGAACAUUAAAAAUAUUAGCAUUUGGGGCUAGUUUUCAAUAAUGACAGAUGUAUACCACUUGAAUAGAAACACACUUACUUAGCAAAAAAAAAGAGUAUUUGCGGGGUG